UCGAAACCCUCCAUCUACUCUCUCUCUCUCUCUCAAAUUUUGUCUUCCUCUUCAGAACCAUUCUCUCUGCAAAUGUCGUCGGAACCUAAGACCAAGAUUGCAUCCCUAAGGGAAUGGGUGGUCGAGCAUAAGCUCCGAACUGUUGGGGCUCUGUGGAUUACUGGAAUAGCCGGUUCAAUAGCUUACAACUGGUCAAGUCCCAAGAAAUUUCAAGUGAAGGUGAUUCAUGCCAGGUUGAAUGCGCAGGCUAUCACACUGGCUGCAUUAUUUGGUAGUGCUGUAGUUGAAUACUAUGACCAUCAAACUGGUAAAAAGGCUGACAAGUAUGCCAAGUACAUGCACAUUGAAAACUUCCAAAGCAAGGAUUAAGUAACGUCCCAUGUAACAUACCAUGGCUACUACUAUUUUGAACAACCAAAUGCUCUCCUUGGUUGUGCUGGCUUAGUAUGGUGUAACUUUGAUAAUUAAUUGUGCAUUGAGGUAUUCAGUUCAUUGAUUACUUGAAUACUAUCAAUUUUGAUACAGAAUAAAUCAUAUCUCUGCUGUAAUUGAAGUUGCUUAACAGUUUUAUUUUUUAGAUUUACCGGUUGGGUCAUUUAUGUGCUCAGUACUGAGUCAUAUCGGUAUUUAUCCCACUCUUGCUUUAAUGUAUUGCAAAGUAGAGGCAUAUGCAAACUGUUAAAACUGUUCA